CUGGUCUGAUAGCCUUACAGCAGCAGCCAGCAGUAUUGUUGUCACACAGUUGACACAGUAUGGCUUUCUUCACUCACCAAAUCUGCAGAGGUUUGUCGUCCUCGGCUGUGAGGAAUGUGGUCAUUAAACAUGUCACGAUCAUCGGAGGUGGGCAGAUGGGUGCAGGGAUCGCACAGGUCGCUGCAUCAACUGGCCACUCGGUGACCCUGGUGGACACUAAUGAGGACAUCCUUAAAAAGGCUGUCAAAGGAAUUGAAGGGAACCUCAAAAGAGUGGUCAAGAAGAAGUUUGCUGAUAAGCCAGAGGCGGGUGAAGAGUUCAUGCAGAAAGCCCUGCAGAACGUGUCAACCGCGACAGAUGCUGGAUCUGUAGUCCAGGGCUCGGAUCUUGUGUUGGAAGCCAUUGUGGAAAAUCUAAAAAUCAAACAGGAUCUCUUUGGUGGCCUUGACAAGCUGGCACCAGCACAUACCAUCUUUGCCAGCAACACAUCCUCCCUGUCCAUCAAAGACAUCGCCAGCUCCACCAACAGGCUGGAUAGAUUCGGUGGCCUUCACUUCUUCAACCCAGUCCCUGUGAUGAAGCUUGUAGAGGUCAUUGCAGUCCCAGCAACGAGCCAAGAGACUUUCGACUCCCUCCUGAACUUCAGCAAAACGCUCGGGAAAACACCAGUGUCCUGCAAGGAUACGCCAGGAUUCAUUGUAAACCGCCUACUUCUUCCUUACAUCAUGGAUGCCAUCCGGAUGUAUGAGAGAGGUCAUGGAUCCAAAGAGGACAUUGAUAUUGCCAUGAAACUUGGUUGUGGUUAUCCCAUGGGACCCUUUGAACUCUCAGACUAUGUAGGACUAGACACCAUGAAGUUCAUCAUGGACGGUUGGUCUGCAGCGAAUCCUGGCGACCCAUAUUUUGCCCAGAUUGAACUGCUGAACAAGUUGGUUGCUGAGGGCAAAUGGGGCAAAAAGACAGGAGAAGGAUUCUACAAGUACAAGUGAUUUACUCACAUCACUGUGAAACUAGUCCGAACAUCAGAAGUCAUUGUUUUUAUUAUUUUGUGUAUACCUGUACCUCUCCUGUGUUUCACUCUGUUUGCUGCUGUUGCUGCUUUGACAUCCACAUUUCUCUCUGGGGAUUAAU